CAUUUAGCUGCGGAAGAGGUUGGAGACGGUCAGAUUGCGUGCACAUUUUGAGAAUGUAAUUUCGAGGAAACUAUAUAUUUUUUUCAGGAAAUACUAUUUGUUUGCGUUGUAUAUUAUUUUGGCUGUAAGGUGAUUUUGACAUUUUAAUCCCACAAUGGGGCACAAAGGAUUUUCGGACAAAGUCCUGGUUUGCAGCGUUGCUCUCUUUCUUCUUCCACUGCACUCCGCCUAUGGAGACGUGAGCUAUUAUUUUCCCGAGGAGAUGAAACGCGGAUCUGUUAUUGGAAAUAUAGCCAAGGAUCUGGGGUUGGAGGCGAGCAGACUCUCCGCUCGUAAGGCCCGAAUUGAUACCGAAGGGAACCGCAAACGUUAUUGUGACAUUAAUCUGACUAGUGGUGAUUUGAUUGUUACCGAAAGAAUUGACAGAGAGGAGCUUUGCGGAGAAAAGGUGUCAUGCCUUCUGAGCUUUGAGUUAGUCCUAGAGAAUCCUCUUGAGUUGCAUCGCAUAUCACUUCAAAUACAAGAUAUCAAUGACAAUUCACCCAUAUUUCCAAAGGAUACAAUUAAACUGGAAAUCAGAGAAUCAGCUGACAAAGGAGCUCGCUAUCGUGUGAACGCUGCUCAUGACGCAGACAUAGGGCAGAAUGCAGUUCAAAGUUACGUGCUACAAAGGAAUAAUCAUUUCGUGUUGAGUGUUCAAACCACUUCUGCAGGUAGCAAAUACGGUGAGUUAGUGCUUGACAAAGAAUUAGACCGCGAGAAGCAGCAGGAAUUACAAUUAUUGAUCACAGCUGUGGACGGGGGCACUCCGCAGAGAUCAGGUACUGUAGUCAUACACGUCACUGUACUGGAUGCUAACGAUAACGCCCCAGUGUUUAGCCAGGCCGUCUAUAAAGCCAGUCUGCCUGAAAACUCUCCUUUAGGGACACUAGUUGUUACUGUGAGCAGUACUGAUGCAGAUGAAGGAGUGAACGGCGAAGUAAUGUAUGAAUUCAGUCGAAUGUCUGAUAAGGCAAGGAAAAUGUUUACAUUGGACCAGAAAACGGGGGACAUUACAGUAAUAGGGGAGUUAGACUAUGAAGAAGAAUCAAAAUAUGAAAUGUUUGUAGAAGGAAAAGAUGGCUAUGGCCUUUCUUCAGACACUAAAGUGAUAAUAGACAUUACAGAUAUAAAUGACAACGCCCCUGUAAUAUAUCUGAAAUCUCUGAGUAACCCCAUACCUGAGAACGCGUCACCUGGCACAGAGGUGGGCAUCAUUAACGUGCAGGAUAGAGACUCUGAGAAUAACCGACAGGUCCACUGCUCCAUUCAGCAACACGUUCCUUUUAAUCUGGUACCAUCCAUCAAAAACUACUAUUCUCUGGUGACCUCGGGCGAACUGGACCGUGAACUAGUGUCUGAUUACAACAUAACCAUCACCGCCACCGACGAGGGCUCUCCACCUCUGUCCUCCUCUAAAACCGUUCAGUUAUCUGUAGCUGACGUCAACGACAACCCACCUGUGUUUGAGGAACAGUCCUAUAGUGCCCACGUGACUGAAAAUAACAAACCAGGCUCCUCCGUGUGUUCUGUUACUGCUCGAGACCCAGACUGGGGACAGAAUGGCGCAGUUAUUUAUUCCCUUUUACCCGGCGAGAUGAACGGUGUCCCGGUGUCCUCAUUGUUAUCCGUUAACGGAGACACGGGGGUGAUCCACGCUGUGAGGUCGUUUGAUUAUGAACAGUUCAGGAGCUUUAAAGUCCAGGUGAUGGCCAGAGACAAUGGUUCUCCUCCGCUCAGCAGCAACGUCACCGUCAGUGUGUUCAUAACAGAUGUGAAUGACAACUCUCCUCAGAUACUAUAUCCCGCUCCGGAGGGGAACUCCUUCAUGAACGAGCUGGUCCCCAAAGCUGCACACGGGGGCUCUCUUGUUUCCAAGGUGAUAGCGGUGGACGCGGACUCUGGCCAGAACGCCUGGCUGUCCUAUCAUAUAGUCAAAUCCACUGAUCCGGGACUUUUCACUAUUGGUCUCCACAGCGGAGAAAUCAGGACACAGCGUGACAUUUCUGAAUCUGACAACAUGAAACAGAACUCAAUCCCAUUGAGCACGCCUGGGACCUGUUUGAUCAGAGGGUGAGGGCUAGGGCCAUUCCCCACAGAAAUGUCUGGGAACUUGCAUGUGCCUUGGUGGAAGUGUGGAGUAACAUCUCACAGCAAGAACUGGCAAAUCUGGUGAAGUUCAUGAGUAGGAGAUGCACUGCAGUACUUAAUGCAGCUGGUGGCCACACCAGAUACUGGUUGUUACUUUUGAUUUUGAUCCCCCCCCUUUGUUCAGAGACACAUUAUUCAAUUUCUGUUAGUCACGGGGCGGCAGCGUAGCCUAGUGGUUAGAGCGUUGGACUAGUAACCGGAAGGUUGCGAGUUCAAACCCCCGAGCUGACAUGGUACAAAUCUGUCGUUCUGCCCCUGAACAGGCAGUUAACCCACUGUUCCCAGGCCGUCAUUGAAAAUAAGAAUCUGUUCUUAACUGACUUGCCUGGUUAAAUAAAGGUAAAAUAAAAAUAAAAAUAAAAAAACAUGUCUGUGAAACUUGUUCAGUUUAUGUCUCAGUUGUUGAAUUUUGUUAUGUGCCUACAAAUAUUUACACAUUUUAAUUAAGUUUGCUGAAAUUAAAUGCAGUUGACAUUUAGAGGACGUUUCUUUAUUUGCUGAGUUUAUUUAAAUGUUCUUAUUCUUAUUCCAUACCUUUAUAUUUGUGUGUAUUAGGUAGUUGUUGUGGAAUUGUUAGAUUACUUGUCUGUUAUUACUGCAUUGUCGGAACUAGAAGCACAAGCAUUCCACUACACUCGCAUUAAUCUGCUAACCAUGUGUAUGUGACCAAUAAUAUUUGAUUUGAUUUGUACAAUAACCUUUUUUUCCCCUGGAUUAAUUCAGUAUUCUCACAGGAGUAACCGAAGUCAAUGCCCCAGUUUGCCCUUUUCAAGACAACUUGGAACUCAGAAAAUUCGCACAUGACCUACUUGGAAACUCAUUGUAGAAAGAUGAGCUCCGAGUUUCCCACUUCAAAAGUAUCAGAAUCAACCAGUAGGAAGCUCUACGCAAAAAACAUACCCACAUUUUUAUUCAGAGGAUCAGAGUUUCUGAGUUGUCUUGAAAGCCGCCAUAUUGGUUAACUUGUUCAUGCUUUAGGUUUGAUUAUAUUGAUGAUAAUGUGUAUAUACCCUCAAAAUUGAAGUAAAAAUGUUUUA